AUGGCCUCAGAACGUGUCCUCCCCCGAGUCCCCCUUCUUCCUGUCUGGGCAUCUUCACGCCUUAACUCUCUCUUGCGAAGCAAGACCGCAGACAGGUUCAACAGGAUUUUUGACGCUACUUUCGCCCAAAACCUCGAAGUCGUCCUCAACGGGAAAAAUCUCACUCGCAACGAGUACAAAGAGCUGUUACUCGCGCUGAGUGAGGCCGGACCCUUGGGAACUACCGAUGUGCAGAUUGAAGGAGAGACGGUAGUCAACCCAAUCCCUUCUGAAGAUCAAUUGGGAGGCUUCGUCGGCAUGUUCUACACAACUGUGGGCACCUCCAAACGUAUCUUUGUGCUCGGCGCACCUGCGAGAUAUAAGGUCGUCUCUUCCAUUAACCUGACCGUGAAGGGGACGGUGCCCUACCCGCCCCGCCCCAUUCCUUACUUCGAUCCACGGCGGGUCACCGCAGUUAACCAGAUCCUCCAGCCCAGGACUCUUACCGUCUCAUUCCCUGGGUCGGUUUUACCCGCGGACGGAACUUCUGGCUCUGGAAAGGUAGAGCUAGGACCGGGGCCUGUUAACAUCACGCAAGUGGAGGAGGAACUUAGUGUGUUGGGGAAUAAAUUUAGCACCGCGACAGUUCCUGAAGCUGAAGUUGAUGUAGAAUGA